AUGGGGAAGGACCAGGAGCUCUUGGAAGCUGCUCGCACUGGAAAUGUGGCUCUGGUGGAGAAACUCCUGUCUGGCAGGAAAGGAGGGAUCCUGGGCGGUGGAUCCGGACCCCUGCCCCUGUCUAGUCUGCUAAGCAUCUGGCGAGGCCCCAAUGUGAACUGCACAGACAGUUCGGGUUACACGGCUUUACACCAUGCAGCCUUAAAUGGACAUAAGGACAUAGUUCUCAAACUGCUUCAAUAUGAGGCAUCAACAAAUGUAGCAGACAACAAAGGUUAUUUUCCUAUUCACCUGGCUGCCUGGAAAGGAGAUGUGGAAAUUGUGAAGAUUCUUAUUCAUCAUGGACCAUCACAUUCCAGAGUCAAUGAACAGAACAAUGAAAAUGAAACUGCCCUACAUUGUGCAGCUCAGUACGGACACUCGGAGGUAGUUGCUGUUCUCCUGGAAGAGCUCACCGAUCCUACCAUCAGAAACAGCAAGCUGGAAACACCUCUGGACCUGGCAGCCCUCUAUGGACGGCUUAGAGUGGUCAAAAUGAUCAUCAGUGCACACCCUAACUUAAUGAGCUGCAACACCCGAAAGCACACACCACUACACCUUGCUGCACGAAAUGGUCACAAGGCAGUUGUUCAGGUGCUGCUGGAAGCAGGAAUGGAUGUGAGCUGUCAAACAGAAAAAGGGAGUGCACUCCAUGAAGCAGCUUUGUUUGGAAAAGUGGAUGUUGUGCGAGUUCUGUUAGAAACAGGAAUUGAUGCCAACAUAAAAGAUAGCUUAGGUAGAACUGUCUUAGACAUUUUGAAAGAACAUCCAUCUCAGAAAUCUCUCCAGAUUGCAACUCUCUUACAAGAAUAUUUAGAAGGCAUGGGAAGACCAACAGUCCUCGAAGAGCACAUACAGGAAGAUAUGACACAAGAAACACAUAUUUCGUCUCCUGUUGAAUCUCCUUCCCAGAAGACCAAAAGUGAAACUGUGACUGGUGAAUUAUCAAAACUCUUGGAUGAAAUAAAGCUCUGUCAAGAAAAGGAUUAUUCUUUUGAAGAUUUGUGCCACACAAUAUCAGACCACUACUUAGAUAAUUUGAGCAAGAUUUCAGAGGAAGAACUUGGGAAAAAUGGAAGCCAGAGUGUAAGAACUUCAUCUACAAUAAAUUUGUCACCAGGAGAAGUGGAAGAAGAUGAUGAUGAUGAAAACACUUGUGGGCCCUCAGGACUCUGGGAAGCAUUAACUCCUUGUAACGGAUGUAGGAAUCUUGGCUUCCCCAUUCUUGCACAGGAGUCCUAUCCAAAGAAGAGGAAUUACACUAUGGAAAUUGUACCAUCUGCCUCUCUGGAUACAUUUCCUUCAGAAAAUGAGAAUUUUCUAUGUGAUCUCAUGGACACAGCAGUUACAAAGAAGCCUUGCUCCUUAGAAAUUGCAAGGGCCCCUUCUCCAAGAACUGAUAAUGCCUCUGAGGUAGCAAUUACUGCUCCAGGAACUAGUAACCAUAGAAACAGCUCCACAGGCCCAACACCUGACUGCUCACCUCCAUCUCCUGACACUGCCCUCAAAAAUAUUGUAAAAGUCAUUCGACCCCAGCCUAAACAACGAACAUCUAUUGUGUCUUCUCUGGAUUUUCAUCGAAUGAAUCACAACCAAGAAUAUUUUGAAAUCAACACAUCUACAGGGUGUACAAGCUUUGCUUCCAACCCUCCAGUUAGUCCACUCACCUCUUCUGCAGCAAACACAGAAGUCAAGAACAAGGAAACUGGCGAUACAGAUGAUCUCUCUCAGCAGGAGGACAUUGAUCCCCCAAAAGAAUAUGAUCCUGGGCAAUUUGCAGGCCUCCUCCAUGGAUCCUCUCCAGCCUGUGAGUCCCCUGAAAAUCCAUUUCAUCUCUAUGGGAAAAGAGAUGAACGUGAAGAAGGAAAAGAUGAAGUCAGUUUGGCAAAUAGUCCUUUGCCUUUCAAGCAAACUCCAAUAGAAAAUAAAUCAGAACCUGUGGUAAAGAAAAUUAAACCCAAGGUGGUCAGUAGAACAAUUUUUCACAAAAAAAGCAGCCAACUCGAAAACCAUACCAUUGUUGGCACAAGAACAGCUAGAAGUGGAUCCCGGAAUGGGGACCAGUGGAUUGUGAACACUGGGGGAUUUGUGGAGAGAGCGUGUACCCUGGGGAGAAUAAGGUCAUUACCAAAAGCCCUGAUUGACAUGCAUUUAUCCAAAAAUGUCUCUAAAUCGGAUUCUGAUCUCAUUGCCUACCCUUCAAAUGAGAAAACGUCAAGAGUUAACUGGAGUGAAUCUUCACCUGCUGAUCACAGCUCUAAAGGGAAUUCUGAAAGAACACCAUCUUUCACUUCUGAAUGGGAAGAAAUUGACAAAAUAAUGAAUUCCAUAGAUGUUGGAAUUAACAGUGAACUUCAAGAAAUUAAUGGUGAGAACACAAGACCCAGAUGCCCUGUCCAAACAGUGGGACAAUGGUUGGAAAGCAUUGGGCUACCUCAGUACGAGAACCACCUGAUGGCUAAUGGAUUUGACAAUGUGCAGUUUAUGGGAAGCAAUGUUAUGGAAGACCAGGAUUUGUUGGAAAUUGGAAUCCUUAAUUCUGGGCACAGACAAAGAAUUCUACAGGCAAUCCAGCUCCUUCCAAAGAUGAGACCCAUUGGCCAUGAUGGCUACCAUCCCACGUCUGUGGCUGAGUGGCUGGAUUCCAUUGAACUAGGUGACUACACCAAAGCCUUUCUAAUUAAUGGCUACACGUCGAUGGACCUGUUGAAAAAAAUCUGGGAGGUUGAACUUAUUAACGUUUUAAAAAUCAAUUUGAUUGGCCACAGGAAACGUAUCUUGGCAUCUCUGGGAGACAGGCUGCACGACGACCCACCACAGAAGCCCCCUCGGUCCAUCACCCUCAGGGAACCCAGUGGUAAUCACACUCCUCCUCAGUUGUCUCCAUCACUUAGCCAAAGCACUUACACCACUGGUGGCUCCCUAGACGUUCCUCACAUUAUCAUGCAGGGCGAUGCAAGGAGGAGAAGAAAUGAAAACUACUUUGAUGAUAUUCCCCGAUCAAAACUGGAGAGGCAGAUGGCCCAGUCGUCUGUCUGUGAGAUAUGGACGAAUCAGAACGCUGGAUUUCCUUUCUCAGCCAUCCAUCAGGUUCAUAAUACAGGAGACUGGGGAGAACCUUCCAUUACCUUGCGACCUCCAAACGAAGCCACAGCCUCAACUCCAGUGCAGUACUGGCAACACCACCCGGAAAAGCUCAUCUUCCAGUCAUGUGAUUACAAGGCUUUUUAUUUAGGUUCUAUGCUGAUAAAAGAGCUCAGGGGUACAGAAUCAACCCAAGAUGCUUGUGCAAAAAUGCGGGCUAACUGUCAGAAGUCUACAGAGCAAAUGAAGAAGGUCCCUACUAUCAUCCUUUCAGUGUCCUAUAAAGGAGUCAAAUUUAUUGAUGCAACAAAUAAGAACAUAAUUGCUGAGCAUGAGAUUCGUAAUAUCUCCUGUGCUGCCCAGGACCCGGAAGACCUCUCAACAUUCGCUUAUAUCACUAAGGAUUUGAAGUCCAAUCACCACUACUGUCACGUGUUUACUGCCUUUGAUGUGAAUUUAGCCUAUGAGAUCAUCCUAACGCUCGGACAGGCAUUUGAAGUCGCCUAUCAGCUUGCGCUGCAAGCCAGGAAAGGGGGGCAUUCCUCCACGCUUCCAGAAAGCUUUGAAAACAAGCCCUCCAAGCCCAUCCCCAAGCCUCGCGUCAGCAUUCGCAAGUCGGUGAUCGACCCAUCUGAGCAAAAGACUCUGGCCAACCUGCCAUGGAUCGUGGAGCCAGGACAAGAGGCCAAGCGGGGGAUAAAUACCAAGUAUGAGACCACAAUUUUCUGA